AUGCCCCCUCAAUCAGGCUUGGUUAAAGAUACAAGUGGCACCUAUGCAUGGUCUCUUCGAUUACUUGGUUUCGUUAUGAUCUGUGGCGGUCUCCUUCUUUUAUUCGAAUAUCCUGUACGCUGGGCUGAGGCCAGCAUUCGACUGUCGAGACGACGUCGACGCCAGCAAGAGCAUCAGCAACGCCACAAGAACCAGCAAAGUCAGAAAUUAAAGCGUUUACAACCAAUUCUAGAAGACUCGUACCCCCAUGAUUACAAUUUGGACAAUAAAAUGUUGACUGACAAACUGGCGUAA